AUGGAACAACAAAAUCCACCAUCAUCUACAAUUUUGCCAAAUGCAUUCACAAAUUCAACUUUUGGAUCGACUUUUCCAGGAAUAAGUUCAGCAGCAGGAAAUGUAUCGAAUCCGCUUCUCAUGUCAACAUUACAACAUUUACAAGGUUUAUCCAAUAGUGGGAAUACAACUCUUCUUCCAGGAACAUCACAAUUAAAACUAGGAACUCAAUUUGCAUCUGAAUUCAAUAAUAUUGCUGCUAUGGGUUGGCCCGCUCAAAAUACAAACACUAGUUGGUUCGAACAGGCAAAAGCGGCAAUGCUUCCAAUGUAUAGUGUCCUACCUGCCAGUGGAGUUAAGUCUAACGCUGUUCCUUGUUUUCUUGAUUCUCUUGUACUGAAAAUUUGUAGUGAUAUAUCUCCGAUGAGUAUGAAUUCACCUGCAUUUUCAAUGCAUCCGAAAUUAAAACAGAAUAGUGGAGUUGCUAUACCUUCAACUGUUGCAUCAGCUACAGUUUUUGCUGCAGGCAUUUUCCCAUUAGAUCCAUGCGGUUUUUUACAAUCUGCACAAAACUGUCAUUCACAACCAGCUACACCAAAGCAAGCACAACAUCAGCGAACUCAUUCUUUGCAUUCUUCGCCUGCCAAUGCAUUUUUAAAUUCUGAUACGCAACAGAAUUCGAUAUCUAGCCAUUGUCCAGUAGAAAUAAGGCCAGAUUCAAAUUCAGCUGUUUCAUCGCAUGGGUCAAAUUCAGUUCAUUCGGUACAUAUGCAUUCUAUAGGCUCAGUGGAAGGUGUUGAACCUUGUUCAUCGACAGAUCUGAAUUCUGGAUUAGCAUCUUUAGGUAACGUUAAUAUUGGAACAUGUUCGGAGCGUGUAAAUCAGGCUUUCAUACAUAAUUUGCAUGUUACAUCAGGCAAUUCUUCUGAGGUUACAAUUGUACCAGCAUCAUCCGAUAUACAUUCGACGAAUAAUGCACAACAAAUCGCUUACGAUCUCACAAUGGCUAAUCCGCAAACUGUCGCUUGUUCAUUUUCUGAUAGUAGUAUGGAUGCUGCGACGACAACUACUAAUGACCAGCUUAUAAACGAUUUUUCUAUCGUUUCAGACAGACAGUCACCGGGCUCACCGCAUGAUAAUGCUCUCGAUAGCAGUAAUUUAGAGGAUCUACCAUGGUCAGGCAUUGAUUUCACUGAUAUUGAUCUAUUUGGAGGAGCGUCUGGUGUUGAUAAAGAUGUAAUGCAUUCUAUGCUUGCUAUGGAUCCCUCCGCUAUGCAACGAAUGUUCCCUAAUGACCCAUCGUCUGUCAAAAUGUCACAAGCAGUGACACCUAAAAUUCGUGAAAAAAUCAAGAAUCGUCGUGAAAAGGAGUUGGCUGAUGCUGAUAAAGAGCUCGAUCGUUUGUUAUGUUUGGUGGCAAAAAAUGAUUCAAAGCCGGUAGUUGAAGUAAAAACUCAACCAACAUUCCCUGCAUUUAAUCCCUUGCUACUUCUUAAACCGGAACCAUCGGAUGAUAGGAAAAUUAGUCUUAGUCCUGUUCAGUUUACGCCACCUGAUUCUCCCACGCCAUCAACAUCUGAGGCAGGCUCCAAAAACUCAUUUUUCUUUCCUUCUUUACCAGGACCCUCAACGUCAUCUGCAACAAAUUCAAUGUUGUCUAGGCCAGCGCCUUCAGUUUCCGUUUCUCCCUUUGUCUUCAUGUCAGCGGUUGAGAAAAAAUCUAAACCAUCCAAAGUUCCUGUCUAUAAACAAAAGGCUAAAUCAUUUUUGACUUCCGAAAUAAAAAAAGAAGAGGAAAAUGCAGGUAGGGAUGAUGCGUAUAGUUUCAAUGAUGAAGAGGAAGAAGAUAAACCAUUGCCAACUGAAGCCAGCCUAUCAAAAGUGCAACUUAAGGAGAAAAGGUUGGACGCUGAAGUUGCACAAAAAAUCGCAAAAAUAAAUAGUGCACAUUGUGAAACAAAAGGGAAGGGGAGCGCAUAUGAAUCGCAAAACCAGCAGGAUUUAUGGAGGCAUGUAGUGCCAAAGAAAAGGCAUACUUCCGUCGCAGAACGACCCUCCGUGCCAUCUACACCGUUAUUGCCACCUGCCUCAUCUUUUGAGCGUGUUGAUGUUGGACUUGCAGCUCAAAAAUCGCCGGAAUUGUUGACAUUGGCUGAAACAUUACAAAGGCGUAAGCAAUAUAGAUCUUCAUAUGGGUUCUUACGAACCAAAUGUCUUGACGAUAUUGAAACUGCUGUAGACGAGGAUCAAAGUGAAAUAGCUCCAGUAAAUGCCAAAACUGUGCCAAUAAAUGAUCGUAAAACAGAAAAUGGAUUACAUCGUCCGCUGCCAAAAUUAUUGAUUCGCAUCCCUCGAAAAUCGGUAGAAUUAUUAGAAAAAGAGAAGGUGAAAGUGAAAAAGAAAAAGAAAAAAAGAGAUCGGGAUUAUGACUGGGAAGGGUCACAAAAAACCAAGAAAAAAAGGAAACAUAAACAUAAACAUCGAAAAAGAGAAAGUUCUGAGAUUCAAUAUGAAUCACAUUUAAUCGGUGUCGAUGGUGAACAGUGGAGAGAAAACCAAAAUAUGACACGCAUGAGAGAUUUUUCAAUGUUUAGUAGGAAGCACCGUUUAAUGAUGCAAUGGAAUGAAACAGAAGAAACUGGAGUUAACAACCAUGGUGAAGAAAAUGGUCAGGGAUGUGCUGCGAGUUGUGAACGAUCUCAGCAUAAUUUGUAUGAAGAUGAAAAAAAUGAUUGGAAAAUGUUAACUAGAUUCAGUAAAGCUAAUGGUCAGGUUGCGAAGGGAACUUUCGUUGUAUGCAAGAUGGAUAUAUUUAAGGAUGACUGCCCAUUAUGGAGGGUUGAUAAUCAAAAUCUUCUGCAGAAAUAUCCAAAGAUUCAAAUGGACGGAAAAAUUGUAUACAGGAAUAGUUCAACUUAUUCUGGAUGGUGUGAGCAAAUAGCCGGUGGAUACUUAGUGAUACAAGUUCGGUUCAUAAAGCAUUCUAGAUCGGAAACAAUAGUUGAACCCGAAGUCCCACUUCUUGAUAUGUUUCCAGCAAUCAGCUCUGAGGUUGAAGAGAAUUCAUUGGAUCAUACUUUAUCGAAUGGUGAUCAACAACCCAAUCACGAAACUGAUUUUUUUGCGAAAGAUCCUAUACGCGAUCUUAUGAUCACAUACGUGCGAGCUAUGCUUAAUCAUAGCCUUAGUUUAAAUUUUCUUCAAAGUGUAAAACAGGGCAAUGAUUGGAAUUAUUUACGAGCUCUGAACGACAUAGAUAAGAUCAAUCUAGAAAGAAAAGAAAGAGUACUUUCACGAGUGAAAUGGGUUCAGCGCUACAUUGAGAUGCUGCAAUUUUAUUCAUGUUGUGCCAUUUCCGAUGCUGAAAAUGAUGGAUUGAUGUGUCAGGCUUGUCACUACAAAAAUAUUGAAAAAGUUGUUCAAUUAUUUACAAAUGAAGGCUAUGAUUAUGAGACGCUUGAAUGUUGUGAAAUACGUUAUACUGGAUGUGGCUCCCCAAUGCCAGCUAUGGAAUAUCUUGUGUGCUCCUUUUGUGCGAAAAACACCGUUAUCUACCACAGGCUACACCAUAUGCGAUAUUCUUUACUUAAAAUAUGUGAAGAAGAGAUGGAAAAUACUAGCCUUCAAAAUUUGUCUGCGUCUUCCGAUUCGAUUGUCGAAACGUGUAUGAGAAAUACUCAAUGGCUUCAUUCUGUAGUUAACGAAUAUACUGAUCUGUGGAGGAAGAUUGAAAUGAAUGAUUUGUAA